AUGAAGCCAAUCAUUAUAGCUGGAACGCUCGCCACCGCAGCCUGCGGGCUCAAGACAGACACGCCAAAGCCGGCCACCUAUCCGUAUAAGGACGCCUCGCUAUCCUCCAAUGACCGCGUCAACGAUCUGCUUUCGCGCAUGUCACUGGCCGAGAAGGUGGGACAGAUGUAUCAUGCAAGAUAUCUGCCCAACAGACCCAAGGACAUUUGGCCCCAGGUCACUGAAAAGCAUUUGACACAUUUCGUGUACACCGGUGGCGUGGAUGAUGUGGACGCUUUCAUCGACUGGUACAAUGAGCUACAGCAGAUUGCCAUUGACAACACAACCCUUGGCAUUCCCAUCACAAUCUCAACCGAUCCGCAGCAUGGAUGGACCCAGGAUAGCGUGGCAUCCAACACCGGCAUGAGCUUCUCACGGUGGCCGGAGCCCAUGGGCAUUGUCGCCAUGCGAUCUCCGCAGAGGAUGUUUGAGUAUGGCGAUAUUGUGGACCUUGCGACUGAGCCUAGAUGGGGCCGGAUGGGUCUCACGAUGGGGGAGGACGCGGACUUGACGACUGGCAUGAUGCUAUCUAUGCUCGAAGGCCUACAGGGUGGCUCCCAAGUCACGAACAGUUCACUUGUUGCCACCGUCAAGCACUUCCCUGGCGGCGGUCCACAAGAGGACGGAGCAGAUCCUCACUAUUCGUGGGGCCGAAACCAGAUCUACCCAAGCAACAACGAGGCCUAUCACCUCCGACCCUUCGAAGCGGCCAUCGCCGCAGGUGUUCCGCAGAUCAUGCCAUACUACUCUCAGCCCAAGGGAAAUGACUGGGAGGAAGUUGGAUUUGCUUUCAACAAGGGAGUCAUUCGUGAUCUUCUCCAAGACCAGUUGGGGUUCGAAGGCAUAGUCUUGACCGAUUUUGGCAUCCUCACCAUGACGCCUUGGGGUGUCGAGGAUGAGACACUCUUGGACAGGACCAGACUCGCGAUUGAGGCGGGAUGCGACAUUUUUGGCGGCGAGACGAGUACGGAGCUUCUCGUUCAGCUUGUGGAGGACGGUCUGACUGCGGAAUCGCGUAUCGACCAUUCUGUGGCGAAGCUUCUGAAACAGAAAUUCGAACUGGGACUCUUCGACCAGCCUCUCGUCGAUAAGAAAGCGGCACAAAAGCUUGUGGGCAAUGAGGACUUUCGUCUUCUUGGUAACGACACGCAGCGAAGAUCCUUUACCCUACUCACGAAUCACGACAACAUCCUACCACUUGGACGAAGAGCGCGAAAAGCAAAGAUAUAUGCAGAGGGAAUCCCGGUCAGCGUGCUUGAAUCCUGGGGCCUGACGGUCGUCGAGCAUGUUGACGAGGCAGAUUAUGCCUUUCUCCGCAUGGGUUCGCCCAAGGAGACUCCUCAUCCCACGAAUCCCAACUACUUCAACAAUGGGACUCUUGAAUUCAACUCCACAGAACGAGCCCGACAAGCGGCCAUCUACUCUCGCGUGCCGACCAUUGUUGACAUCAAGGCAGUUCGCGUCCCUGCCAUACCUGAAGUCGCUGAGCAAGCAGCUGCUCUGUUUGUGAGCUACGGCAGCAGUCCAGAAGCAUUCCUUGACGUUGUGUUUGGUAUUGUGCCGCCCGAGGGGAGGUUGCCAUUCGAUAUGCCGCGUUCCGACCAGGCUGUGGAGGAAUCAUUCGAGGACUUGCAGUUCGACACGAAGGAUCCUGUGUUCCGAUUUGGAGACGGUCUGAGUUAUGGCACCAGGCCUUGCAUCCCGAAACCGAGGCCGAGACCCGAUCAUUUGCCUGCGUCUACCUGA